GCUAGCUUGACAUUGGUGUGGAAAAGAUGGCUGCUUCGGCGGCAAUAGCGAGUUCUUCCCCCGGUUUGUGUCCAAAUUACGCCGUGAUUUGCUCUUUCCUGGAGCGGUACGGAGCCUUGCUGGACUUACCGGAGCUUACAUUUCCCCAGCUGGAGAGAUACCUGCAGGACACAUCCUCAGUCCCAAAGCUGCUGGCUGACCUUCAUGUCAAGCUGCUGAGGAAGAUUGGCAAGUCCGUGUCUGCAGACCGAUGGGAGAAGCACCUAGUCAAGAUUUGUCAGGAGGUCAACGCGGCCUGGGCAUGGGAACUCGAGCAGAAAGGAUACAAGGAGCUGCCGGUGGAGGGCAAGACAGCCAUUCUGAAACAUCUGUGCGAGUGUCAGUUUGACGAAAACAUAAAGUUUAAAACCGCCGUCAACGAUGAAGACCCCGAUAAGAUGCGCCUGCAGCCGAUCGGUCGGGACAAAGACGGACAGAUGUACUGGUUCCAGCUGGACCAGGAUGAUAACGUCCGCGUCUACGUGGAGGAGCAGGACGACUUGGACGGGUCAUCGUGGAAAUGCAUCGUCAGAACUAGAAAUGAUUUGGCCGAGGUCGUCGCCCUGCUGAAGACACAAAUUGACCCGGCGCUGCUGAAGAGAGACGAGGAGCUGAAAAACAAAACUGACCAGGAGGACAAAGAAAAGGGUGACAUUAAAAAAGAGGAUGCAUCAGAUGAAGACGGCAAAGACACAGACAAGACUGUUUGUUCUGAAAAACACGAAGAGACACAGAAAGAUGAACUGAAGUCUGAAGUUUCAGAGGAGAAAUCAUCGCUGAACGGCAUCGUUGAAGGCAAGCCGCAGGCAGAACUGGAGGCAGAAAAUGUCGUCACCAAAGCUGAGAGCAUCAAAGAAGAGCCGAUGGAGCUGGCCAGCGUUAAACCAAACCCCACCGAGCCGAUUCCGCUUUGUGAGACGUCUUCUGCACCAACGAAAGAAGAGGCUAAGAAGAAAAGCUCAGAGGAGAUCCAUCAUUCCAUGAAAAAUGAGCAUCAGGCAAAAAUCCCCUUGAAAAAACGAGGGAUGAAGUUUAGUGAGGACUUUGACAAAAACGGGACCAUAGCAGCACAAAAUCCUGCAAUCACUAACCUGAAGGAGGCUCGCGUGGCCGAAUCAGCGUUUGAGCCACCACCGAAAAUUCCGAGAGUCAACGAUCAAGUUAACGGCGAAAUCCCGCCCUCGUCUGAGAAAGAGCAGACGAGUAAAUCCAGAGAAAACGUCGUUCCAGCUGCAGGAGAGGAUGGAUCACGAGUCAAAACGAGUGAAACGUGUAGCACAGAAACUCUAAAGGAAGCCAAGUCACAGCAAAGCAACGCUAAACGAUUAGACGAUGAGCAAGAGCUGAAAAAUGGAGUAGAGAAAUCAUCCAGUCAUGAAAAACUAGAACAUAGAAUUACAGAAUCCGGGUCGUCGGGUAAGACAGACUCAGACCGUUUAGAUUUAAAUCAAGGAGCUAAAUCUAAAGAAGCUGAUUCAGAAUCAACGUCGACAAAAAUGUCCAACGGUAACAAAUCAGAGUCUUCGGCAUCAAAGGAGGAACCAGAAUCCACCAAAACCGAUGCAGAGACAUCUGUUGACUCUAAAGCCAGCGUAUCAGUCAUCAAAACAUCAAUCAGUGACAAAUCAGAAGAAACAAAGAGCCUUAAGGAGGUUGUUGCUAAAGACGACCAAUCAGAAUCACCUAAACCUGAAGAGCAGAGAGACAAAACCAGGAAGGAGAGUUUGAGUAAAGCAGGUAAGAAGGAGGCAGAAAAUCCUGACAGAGUGACGAAAGUCAGCUGUGAGGAUCACACGAUGCGGGAUGUUACCCCGGCGAACGACUCCACGUCCAGGCCGACUGUGGAGCCGACCCUGGGAGAAGACAAUCUCACAAAACCACAAGAGGGUCAUAAAACCGAUACGAAUGUUGAUGAACGCAAGACGCCGGACAUCGUUUGUGAAGGGAAGAAUAAACCGCCUAGUCCCGUAGAGAAGACCUGUAAAGAAACUGAGGAGAAAUCUCAGGAACUCAAGAAAGAGGAGGAGAAAAAAUCCGACUCGAAGGAACCCAGAGCAGACGGCGUGAAGGAUACUGAAAAACUUCCAAACGACAAGGAAAAGGAAGAUUCUUCAUCUGAAGGGGUGUCAAAAAGUAAAAAAGAGACUAAAAAGUCCCAAAAACAAAAGCAAACAUCAGUGGACGAAGACGGAUCUGAACUCCAGAAAUCAAGCAAAGAACCUGAAGUAGAAUCCUCGAAAACCGAGAAACAAACGAGCGAAGGAUUCGCCUCAGACGAGCAGAGCAAAAACAAAAGUAAAGAGGUGGAGAACGGCGGUGAGGCUCCAGCAACAGAGGACGCUCGCCAGAGAAGCAAACGUCCAGCACAUCGACGAAGAGCCGAGCUUCAGAGAGAGGAACGCCACGGAGGAGACUCUGAGUCGGACACAAACACCAGGAUGUGUCUCCGGAGAUCGCCAAGGAUUUCCAAACCGACGCAAAAGGCCGUGGAAAUCCAAGACAAGAAGACGGAGAAGCCUCCGACUGCUUCGCCACCACAGAAAGAUGAGGAAGAAGAGGAGGAAAAUGAAGAAGAAACUCAAUUGAAGGCUGUUCAAAAGAAACCCAAAGAGAAAAGAGUGAAUCAGGAGAGCCAUCCCAAAGUCAAGGGGAGAAAGAGGAGAAGAACUCGCUGGUCCAACACGCGGGCGCGCCGGAAAAAGAAAAAUUCAGAUGAUGAGAGCGAGAACAGUGAUGAGGAGUCCAGCGAAGAGGAGGAGAGCGAGGAGGAGGAGGACGACAGCGACGAGGACUACAAGGUGGAGCGAAACAGGAAGAGGAGAAACCGGAACAGAGAGAGACGAAGCUCGGACUCUUCCACGUCCUCCGACGACGACCUACCUCCUAAUGACGACCCCUGCAAACACUGUGGUCUUCCGAAUCAUCCUGAGCUGAUCUUGCUCUGCGACUCGUGUGACAACGGCUACCACACAGCCUGUCUCAGACCUCCUCUCAUGAUCAUCCCCGAUGGAGAGUGGUUCUGUCCACCCUGUCAGCACAAGCAGCUCUGUGACAAACUGGAGGAGCAGCUCCAAAACCUCGACGCCGCCUUGAAAAAGAAGGAACGGGCUGAGAGGAGGAAAGAACGUCUAAUUUAUGUAGGCAUCAGCCUGGAGAACAUCAUCGAGCCUUCUGUGGAGGUGGAGGAAGAGAAGCCUGACAUCAUCAUUAAAGAGAAGAAAGAAGCAAAGAGGAGUAAGAGCUGGGGUCGAAGGUCAACGAGGGCAAAGAAAACCAUCAGCUACAGAUUUGAUGAAUUUGACGAGGCCAUCGAGGAGGCCAUAGAGGAAGACAUCAAAGAAGCAGAAGGUGGAGGAGCUGGUCGGGGUAAAGACAUGGCCAACAUCACGGGUCACAGAGGAAAAGACAUUUCCACCAUCCUCCAGGCAGAGGAGGGUAAAGAGAACGGCCGACCGCCGCGACCCAAUGCCAGUCAGCGCAAGAAGAAACGCCGGCGGCUCAACGACCUGGACAGCGACAGCACGGUGGACGAUGAGGAGAGCGAGGAGGAGUUUUGCCUCAGUGAGAGCUCCGAGGAAGAGUUCGUCGCGUCGGAUAACGACUCGGAACCGGAAACAGACCAGGACUCGAAGGACAGCGAGUUUGGCAGCAACAGAAGUGGCAGACACCACUCUUCCUCGCGGAGCAGAAGACCACAGAAACGAAGACAAAGCUCUAGAAAGAGGCGGAGACCAAAAUGGUUCUCUGACGAUGAAGAGGAGACGGAUGAUGAAGUGGAGGAAGAUGAGAUCGUGACUGAAGGCUCCAGUGAUUUCAGCGACAGCGAUCUGGAUAUGAGUCGACGGAGGUCUCGGCGGAGCCACAAGAAAGAGGUGAACUACUGUGAGACGUCUGAGUCUGAAGGAUCUCAGGCAGAAACCAACCGGGCCAAGAUGAAACCCAGGCGGCGCCGGGACAGCUCCGACAGCGACGCAAGUUUCUCUAAAGACUCUGAAGAGGAUUUGAGAGGUAAGAGGGAGAAAAGAAGAGCUGACUCCUCAGAGGAAGAUUUCCGGCAGCGGCGCAGGCGUCUAGCACUAAAACGCAGGCGAGCGUCCGAAGACGAUGACUCGGACGACAGCUCAGACGAAUCUUCGGAGGAGGACCGGCCCGUCCGUAAACGAGUGAACCGCAUUGACUCAGACGACGACGACGAUGAGCAGGAUGAAGAGAAACCGAAGAAAUUGGUGGAGGAGGAUUCAAAGGGAACAAACCAGUGGGACAGCGGUACGGCUGAGCUGCAAUCCACCAAUGGACAGAACGCGGCGAAGAGCCACGAGGGCUUUGCCAAUCGCCCCGCCCCCGCUGCGCCGGGCCUCGUCUCACAUCUAGAGCCGCCCAAAAGCAUCGGUUCCACACCAGCUGCUGCCACGGCGCCCAACGGUCUGGUCGGCCAGGAAAUCGCUGCGCAGGACGACGAGGAAGACGACCUGUUGGGAGUCACAGACCUCGUGGACUACGUCUGCAAUAACGAACAAUUGUAAAAACACAAGCUGUGUACUGUUUCCUUUUUAUGUGGUAUUGUAUUUUUAUAUUGCUUAACUUUAUUAUUCCCUCCCCGCCAACACUUGCGUUUUGUUCCUGGAGCUCGAAUCUUGAUGGUCUCUCCCAACAGCAUGAACUGGAUCACCAGUGCAACGCUGUUCCCGUGAGACUGUGCAGCCAGUAAAGGGCACCGACAUAUCAUUUCCUGUUCGUACCUCUCAUCUUCCAGCUCCACUGCCAAACCUUUCUUUUCAACGUCACCCCCAAAUCUAAAGUGUAAGUGUCUAAGUGAUGUACCCAUCUGUUUGUGGAAAUAAGGACGUUUUGUCUGGGGUUGGGUCUUUCAACAGCAUUCCGGAACCGAGUUGAAGUUGUCUCACCUAUGGGAGAAGAUGACGAUGGAGGACAUUUGCUUCUCUCACAUCUUUACUCUGAAUAGGGAGUUUAUUAGCAUAAAUUGGCGACUAUUAUAUAUUUAUUCACACAGAUUGGCACCUUUUAAAGAGAUUUUUAAAGUGAUUACUUCCCUUUUUCUUUUGAGCUGCAGCUUUUGUGACACCCAGUAAUUUAAAGCAAACUUCCAAAUAUUUGGUUGAGAAAAGCAAUAUCUGUCCUGGUCGCAUAAAUUUGGCUGCUCUUAAUUACAUUUAUAGAGUUUAGAUGUUAAAAACAACGUUUUAUUCAUACUCGACUCGCUAGCCUUCUCAUGUGCCAGCUAGCAUUCUACAGGAUCCCGUUCACCGUUCAGAUGUGGGAGUUUUACUUUAAGCUUUCCUGUUUUCUUUCACCAGCGGAGCAUUUUUAAACGAUACAGUGUGUAUUUGAUAAGCUAACCCUCAACGAGUCCCAGCUGGGGUCUUACUGGUCACUCUGGUGUUUUCAGUGGAAAUCCGACUCGUUUCCACCGUUUAUAUUCCAUCCGUUUGCUGUUUAAGGUGUGAAUGUAUAGAAGCGACCAACCUUUUGUUUUUCACUACCCCACCAUAAACGUUUGUAUUUGAACGAUCGAGCUUUUAUGUAUAUGUAUAAUAUAAACUCGUGUAAUUAUCUGGACUACGCGCUCUGCCAUCAGCACCAGCGUGAACUUUUAUUUUUGGGAAACUAAAUCAAAAAGACAGGACUGUUACUGUCCUUCAUUCUCCGAUCUAGUUUUGUGUCAUUUGUUGCUCUGGUUUUGUUCUGAUGAUGUUUUUUUUUUUUUUUUUUUUUUUUUUGUAUAUCUAAACCUUUAGUCUCUUGGAGCUAAAAUGUAAAGGGUCAGAAACCUGCAGACCCCUGGCCUUCACUCCAAUAACACUUCGUUCCAAAACGAACCUUUUCUUUUUCUCAUUUGCGUCUUGUGCUUUCAUAAUGUUGGACUCCCAUCAGGAUUAUGAAAAUGAAAGUGUAAUAAAGAGUUUAGCAGCUGUUUUUAGGAGGGGAAUAAACAAACAUUUAAAGCAAAACCAAUGACUUAACUGACCUCUGCUGGAUCCAGGCUGUGUGUAUAUCUGUAGUUUUUGCUGUAAUAUAUUUAGAGGCGUUUUGUAAUCAUGGAAAAAUAUAUCGGGCAAUUCUUUGGGAUUGCAUGAGUUUCUUAUAGUUUUCUUUUGUAGGAAAGUUACAUCGGCACAACAGUUUUUAUAACAUAACUGGUGGCAUGUUUUCAACUAUGUCGUUUCUCUUCUGACCUGUUGCUGCAGAGGGGUUGGGACGCCUCAGAGUUUCUCAUCAUUCAGCAGUAAAACUGCAUCGGUAAGCAUGUGCUGACCAGGUGGUGGCGUGUUUCAGGAACUGACCACCAUGUCUGGUUUAGAAGGAAACAACAUGCCUGUUUGUAAAAUGUUUUGUAAAUUACUCUCAGCAUGUUGUUCAUAGAGAUAGUCCACCCUCGCACAGUUUUGAUACCUGCCUAAACUGACAUUUCACAAGCUGCCCGCAACCCGAUAACAUUUAGCUUUUAGGCGAACAAAAUAAUAUGGAAAACCCAAAUUUAAUGUAAAGCGGUGUGUUGGCUGAGUCAGAGGGGAGACGGGAAUGUAUUGGUUAUAAAAUAACCAAGAGGGAAACCUUCGUGGAAACGGGAAUGGAGCAGAGUAACGCCUCUCGUGUAUUUAAUGAUUGUGCCAAUGACUGAAGUGUUAACAGUUUCUUAUUUACCUCAUGAUGAGUCUGGACAGAGGAAAACCCUUACCGCUGUGUCUAGAUCUUAGUAGACUGUGUUUAGUCUUUGUACCUUUUAUUUACUGUUAUUUCUUAUGGAUCAGAUCUUGUACAUUUGUUAUAAUAAAUUGGGUUUGAAGCCUUU